AUGGGUAGACUUAAGAAAAAAGGAACCUCUGGCCAGGCCAAAAACUACAUCACAAGAACCCAGGCUGUUCGAAAAUUGCAGAUUUCACUCCCUGACUUCAGGCGACUAUGUAUCUUCAAAGGAAUUUAUCCCCGUGAACCGCGAAACAAGAAGAAGGCUUCAAAGUCGGCAACCGCGAGCACGACAUUUUACUACACGCGAGACAUACAGUAUCUGCUUCAUGAGCCUCUCCUGAAUAAGUUCCGCGAACAGAAAACCCUUGCAAAGAAGAUCGCGAGGGCUCUUGGUCGUGGCCAGGUUGGAGAUGCGGCUCGCCUGGAGAAAAAUAUUGGCCCAAAGCUCACGCUUGACCACCUUGUCAAGGAGCGCUAUCCUACGUUUAUCGAUGCGCUUCGGGAUCUGGACGAUGCUUUGUCGUUGCUCUUCCUUUUCGCCAAUUUGCCCUCUACCGCUACCGUCCCUCCCAAGACCAUUUCUCGCUGCCAGAGGCUCUGUCAUGAAUUCCAACACUACUUGAUUGCGACCAACUCGCUUCGCAAGUCUUUCCUUUCAAUAAAGGGAAUCUACUACCAAGCUACAAUUCAGGGACAGGAUAUCCUAUGGCUAGUUCCUUAUCGUUUCGUCCAGCAGGUGGCUGGGGAUAUCGACUUCAGGAUCAUGGGUACUUUCGUGGAGUUCUAUACGACUUUACUUGGCUUUGUUAACUUCCGUCUCUAUACCUCCAUUGGACUUGUAUACCCUCCAAAAUUUGACGCUAGAAGUGAUGACCAGGGUGCCGAACUUGCAGCUUUCACUUUGGAGGGCAGAAAAAUUGAUGAUGGGAACAAAGCCAUUGAGCCAUCCGCAGGUGCUGAUGAUGGCACCAUUGAAAAUAAAAAGUCCGAGUCUGCGUCAAAGGAGGUGCAGGAGAAGGUUAAUACGAUCCUCAAGAAUGUCAAAAUUGAUGACGUCGCUGAGGGCCCCACCGAAGAUUCGCUAGUUGAACGUGAAGACGCGAUUGACACCUUUGAGCCAACUGCCCCUGAUGCAGACACUCUCCCACAGCCACAGAUUAGCGGAAAUGAAGCCGCUGCUUUAUUUGCGCCACUUACCGUCUUUAUUUCAAGAGAAGCUCCCCGUGCUCCUAUAGAAUUCUUGCUGCGGUCUUUCGGCUGUAAGCGAGUGGGGUGGGACACGGUGUUGGGAGAUGGUGCUUUCACACACGACGAAUUGGACCCCAGAAUAACACAUCAAGUCGUUGAUCGACCACCUCUUGCAGAGUCUGCUCUUCCCCCAUUGCCACAAAACCCUCAAGAGGGUGAAGAAUCGAUCCUAAGAGUACGGCCUGGACACAGAAUUCCUGGUCGGAUAUAUGUCCAGCCACAGUGGGUAUGGGAUUGUGUGAAUGAUGGAAAGCUACUUAGGCCAGACCUCUACGCACCUGGUACAAUUCUACCUCCACAUCUUAGCCCAUGGGUCAAGCCUUCUAACGGUGAGUACGAUCCUCGAGUAAGCUUGGCGGAUCAAGAAGCAGAGGGUGAAGCUGAGAGAGCUGCCGAAGAAGAGGAAAAUGAAGAUGAGGACGAGGAAGAGGAAGAAGAAGAGGCUGUAGAUGUCGACGAGGAGGAAGAUGUUGCCGACGAAGGAGAAUCUGACAAUGACUCACUAAAUGGCGGUAUGGACAUUGCAAACUCAGAUGAUGACGAAGAAGACGACAGUGAUGCAGAAGUGGAUGAUUCAUUUGGUGGUUUUGACGACGAGGAGCUCAACAUUGAUGAAGAGUCCGAAGACGAAGAGGAUGCCGCUCAAAAACAGCACCAGAAGGAACUCGAGGCGGAAGCCCUAGGCCUUCAACCUGUAAAUGAGCCCGAGACCUCUGGGAAAUCAAAGAAAAAGAAGCAGGGCGCCAAGUCGAAGAAGUACGCCGCUGAGAAAAAGAAGGAGGAGGAAGAGCUUGAACGUCAGAAGAUGAUGCUGAGUCGUAAGAAGCGUAAAUUGCUUGAUAAAAUGCUUUACUCGAACAAGAAGAAGGACGAGGAAGCGGAGAAGCUCAGGAGGAAGCGACGGAAGAUUGAACAGGGUCUUAUGAAAUGA